AUGAUGUUUCAGAUGUUACAAACCACUAGUCAGUAUUCUGGAGCACCUACUAGAGAUCCUCCUCUACAUUUGAGGCAAUUCCUGGAUGUAGCUAUCAACUUCAAAAUCCCAGGCGUGACUGAUGACGCCUUCAGGCUCAGAUUGUUUCCUUAUUCUUUAAGGGAUAGAGCAAAGAGUUGGUUGAAUUCCUUAGAGCCAAAUUCCAUUGCUACAAGGAAUGACUUGGCUAAGAAGUUCUUGGUUAAGUAUUAUCCUCCUUCCAAGAAUGCAAAUAUGAGAAAUGAAAUUACCUCAUUUAGGCAAGGAGAUGAAGAGUCACUUUUCGAAGCUUGGGAAAGAUUUAAAGAGUUGCUUAGGCAGAGCCCUCACCAUGGUAUCCCUAUUUGUAUUCAACUUGAGACAUUUUACAAUAGGUUGGUUCCAUCAUCAAGGAACAUGCUUGAUGCAUCUAGUGGAGGAGCACUAUUGUCUAAAUCUUAUGAAGAAGGAUAUCGAUUGAUAGAAAAGAAGGCUAGUGGAGUUCAUGAAGUCACCGAGACUACUGCACUUGCUGCACAAGUUGCCUGUGUCUACUAUGGAGGAGAACAUUUGUUUGAAGAGUGUACUGCAAACCCAAUUUCAGCAAACUAUGUGGGAAAUAACAACAGAUACAACAACCCGUACAACAACACUUACAAUCCUAGAUGGCGCAACCACCCAAAUUUUUCAUGGAGCAACAAUCAAGAGACAAAGAGUCAGUUCUUAGCACAAGGAGUGAGUAUUAAAAAUCUAGAGAACCAAUUGGGGCAUAUUGCAACCGCUUUGAGUUCCAAACCAUUGGGAACACUUCCUAGUUCGACAGAAACAUCAUCUACUUCUAGAGUGAAGAAUGUAGAGACAUGCAAAAUUAUCAAGUUAAGAAGUGGAAAGGAAUGUGAACCCCUAGCACACAAGGAAGCCGACACAAGUGAAGUCCUGCCUGAUAAGGACAACACUGAAGAGACCGACAAGUCUAACGAGGAACCUACCUCAUUAGACAAUGAUGAAGACAGACGAGCUGAAAUCAAGCGUGGCAAGACUCCAGAGUCUGCAAAGCAACCUGAAGUCUUAACAAAGCCAAUCAAUGAGAAUAAGUUUGUCCAGGAGAGACCACCACCUCCUUUUCCUUAA